AUGGCGACCGCUCUCUUCGAGAUGGAGCAGCGCUGGAGCUUCAUACUGCCGUGGUGUAAGGUGCUGCACAAGAAGAUCAAGCUCAAGCCGUUGGAGCGCGACUGGGAUGUGUGGGCAAAAGUACCGGCUGGAGAUUCCGACGGGGAGGAAUUCGAGCUGGACAUGGAGUGGUCGGGCGAGGACUACUUCCAGGAUAAAUUCUGCCAGGUCCGCGAGGCUCUGGCACUCUUGGCAGCAGUGGCUCACGUGGACCAACUGGCCUGGAAGUACCUGCUGAAGGAGCACUGCGGCGUGCGCUUGGGGAAGGAGGGGAGUGCGAAACUACAUGUAGAACGGGAUCUUCCAGCUGAGUAUUAUCUGGUAUUGGAUCACGAGCAAGACGAACGCACGGCAUACGAAGAAGACCAUCUUGGUCUGAAUCUGGUCCAAUUCUGUGGCACCGACCACCACGAGAUGCCUGUAGAUGGGUAUCUCGAGACGCUCGCACAAAUCGCAGCUUUUGAUACCAAGCUAAAGUCUUACAACCCUGGCGUGGAGAUUCGAAUCCCGGUGCAAUGUGUUUAUGACGGAGGACCGCACUAUCUCAAAAACAUUUUGAGAGCAGAGAAGACGAUUCAUGACAUGUGGAAGAGUGUGGAACCGCGAGAGGUGCGGUCGGAACAGCUCAGAUGCAUGUUCGUGCUCAAGCCUUUGGUUGCUGACUUGGAAGACGUGAUGACUUGGCCGGCGAUGGUGACGAAAAUGGGCAAAAUGAUGACGCGAAACCUCUGUUUCUCCGAAGUGUCUCUCUGUGCUGAAAGGCAUUUACGAGACUUUGGGAGUGAACUUGAGUCGCGGAAGGUGUUUGGUCAACUCAUGGCGCAUCUCUUUGGCAGCACUCGACGUUCUCGAGAAGUCACGUACCCUGAUCGGUUCGGUCAACCAGACAACGAGCAAUUUAGUGAUGCAGCUGAUGUUCCCGCUCGAGCCGUAUGA